AUGGACUUCUUCACAUCAUCCGAUAUAGUCAAAGAAGAUCCCUAUCCUACUUGCAAUAACUUUUCUCAGAAGGAACGAUUUCGAUACUUCACUGCGAGUACUUGUCCAAGUUCGUACGAUGAGCUAUCCGUUGAUCCUGUGAUGUACGAUCCAUACGAUGAAAUCAAAUUCAGAUGUCAGCAUGGAUUUAACCAAGGGGACGUUCUAGGAGAAGUAGAAUUCGCCAACACUUCCUCUUUAUUGAAUAUAAUCCAACAUCGAGAUGAAUAUAAAAGAUCUUGGUGCAUGCUGACAAUGUUCUUCACUCAUAACUGUCCAUUUUCACAAAGAAUGGCACCAUAUUUUAAUGCUGUACCCAAAAACUUUUCGCCAAUCAAAGUUGUGGCAGUGAAUAUCACUCAUUUCAGCAGAAUUAUAUCCCGUUAUGGAAUAUCGGGGACUCCGACAAUCUUAUUGUGGGUAAAUGGUGUAGCAGUUGCUCGGACUGAAGGUAGAACUGACUUCAGUUCAGCAAUAAAUGAACUGUUGACGUCUAGAACAGAUUUGAUAUCUAAGAAUGUUGUCCAAAAAGUAGAAGAGCCUUUGAUCAUUUAUAUAGAUGAAGACGAUGAUUCAAUAUACUUAACAUCAGCACUUUUAACGUUUUUCGCUGGUGUUCUCUACAUGCUGCGAAAUCGAUUCUUGGAUAACGAGAAAAUAAAAAUGAUAAUUUCUCAUCUCGGUGGCAACAGCGAGAGUAUCAAGCAGUUUUUGAAUGGCUAA